UGAAUUGCGGUGAACUACAGUCUGUAUGCAGUAGCGAGCACGUAGGACUUCAAGUCCAGUCUAGGUCCAGGCGGUCCAGGUUAAAUUUCAGACGUACAGAGUCCCGUUGUGUUCUGUGCUAUGCGAUGUUAUGUCGUUUGUUGUCGCAAGCCUGAAUGUUGAAUGCCGAUGCGACACACUUCUCUCAAAAGGGAAAAACAAAAGCGCCCGUCGUGCGCGUAUUUAUGUACACGAGCAAAUAUCAACCAUGAUUGUUCAACAACACUAGUCGAAUUGAAUUAUCCUUGGGAAUGUCGGUCACCAGCGAGCCAUAUAGUGGGGAAGUGGUAUCCCAAGGAAUAAUCACCAAGUUUAAUUUUAUGGAGAAUGAACUAAAAUGCGCAUCUCCGUUAAAUGAAAGUAUCAGGGAAAGUCUGACUGUCAAUGAAGAGAUAAUUGUGAGUGCUAAUGGACAUUUGCCAGGUAAAAUCAGUUGUCAGACCCAGUCUACUGUGUAUUUUGAAGAGGAUCUAGAAACUUGCGACGAUACACCUGCUAGGUUUGAGGAAUCCAUAGAUAUUGUUCCAUUAUCAGAUGAUUCGUUAAUUAUCGAGAAAUGGAAUUGUGAAAAUGUUGAAGCAUCUAUUUCAAAGGAAAAUGAGUUUGAGGAUGAUGAAGAUGACGAGGAAACGAUUGCAACUUUUGUCACUGCGGCGGGACAACAGUUGGCUCUCUAUGCCGUGGAAGAUUCGGACGAGAUAUUUGCUGUCGCCGUUUACGAUGAGUCCGACGAACCUCCGACUAACUUCCAGUUUCUUAUGAAAUCAGACGUGGAACGUUUAAUAGGCGAAGGUGCCGUUCGAACGGUGAAAAAACCGUCGCAGAUGAAAAAACGAGUAUUUACUGCCAAACCACCAAUGUUUUGUCAUAAGGAAGAAGCGAACGACAAGACUUCUAUCUGCGACGCAUCAGUCAACAAUGAGAAGAAUAUUGCGCAAGAGGACGGUAGCAGAAUAGUACAUAAUUAUGAAACUUACCAAAACUGUAGCGACAAGAUUAAUUUAGAAUCUAGUGAUAGUGUUCACACAGCUGUCGAUGAACAAUCGGAUAUUACGUAUCUCAUGAUGAACGACAGUUUUGUCAAUAUCGUCGAACAACAAGAUGGAUGUGAAGAUAACGUUGAAUUCGAGGACGAAUUGAUCGAGCAUUCAACAGUACAAUACAUCCUUUUAGAAGCUGAUUAUGAAUCGGAAUCGGAGUUAACGUUUGAUGACAUUCAAGCGACAUUACAGAAUAUGAAGAUUUCUCGCGAGAAAUCAUUGGAAAUAAACGAUAAAAAAUCGGACAAAUUGCAAGAUGAUCAUUCAAGUAUCCAGCAAGACUCGCGUGAGUCUUCGAUAAAGGAAGAAUCAUCGUUUAGUGAAGACGCAGACGCAUUUGAGUUGUAUAUGUCGCCGCAGUCAACGAUUGACCGAACAUGCGUUUCCGUCUCGGAGGACGAUCGACAGCGAUUGAUUGACACGUUGACCGAUUCGCCACCAUCAACAAUGAAGAUUAUUUCGCAGACGCCACUGAAAGUUAAACGCUCACGUAAGCAGCAAUUGAUUUCAGUGGACCGUGAUGACGGAGAAAUCAUUAUUCAGCCAGCAUCGAUGGUGAAUGAUGAAUCGAUCGGUAAGAAGCGCACAACUCGACGACGUCGAUUGCCAAUACGUGUUGCCAUGGCUAAUCGAAAGGGGAUUAAGGGGGCGAGGCGAAUUAAGCGGCCCAAGCGGCGGAAGGUCGUAGAAAUAAUCGAUCUGGACGUCGACGAAGAAGAGCAGCAGACGACACGCAACGUAGUGGAAAUCACUUUAGAUGACAACAAAGACAAAUGUUCUAGUGACAAAGAGAACGAAAUUAUCAUGGUGAGGGAUUCGGAUUCCAGUAGCAGUGAUCACGAAGAAAACGAGAAGACUGAAUGGGCCAGUGGCCGUUUGAAGCUCAAUGGCGAAACACGUUGCGAAUAUUGUUCCAGAAACUUUCGGUACCGACGUACUCUCAAUAUGCAUCUUUUGGUUUGCCAGAAAGCGCCAACGAAUGCCCUCAAUCUCGAUAAAGGAAAACCGAAAAGCAAAAUAAAUAAGAAAAUUAACAAGCAAUUUACUUGUAAGAUCUGCCAGGAGAAGUUUGACGCAGUCGUUGUCUUGGCGCGUCAUGUUCGCUUAAUACAUGUGCCGAGAAAAAAGAACGAGUUGAGCCUGUCCUCAGAAAAAUCUUCGAGUAAAUCUUUGAGAUCGAUUCGAGAGAAAGAAUUAAAUUCAACGGAAGAAGAAGAAUCGGAUGACGAAAACAACACGACAGAGAAAGAACUCAGUAUGCUUGCCAGGGUGAAGAGAAAACGAAAACAAAGAAAUAACUACUCGGAGUCGAAAAAGCUCGAUUGUGCAGAAUGUGGCCGAUGGUUUCCAAGUACUACUCUAUUAAAUGCGCAUAGCUUGCAGCAUGGCAUUAAGAGAUCAGAACAACUACGCAAGUGUCACAUCUGCAAGAAGUACAUAAAAUCCAGGUUACUAUUUUUACGACAUUUGAGAAUGCACAACGAUACACAACGCACUUCUGGUAGCUCAUCCAAGAUGGUGCGGCGGAAGCUACGCGGUCGGCCAAGCACGCGUAAAAUCGCAUCUCCCCGAAAACGGGGUCGGCCGAGGAAGUUCUGAUCUUUUUCGCUCGUUCGUAACAUGUAUAAUAUUAUGUUAAUACCGCCGUCAUCGGUUGGAGUUCGUUAAUGUAUUUUAUUUUUUUCUUUUCCGAAAUGACAAUUGAUAAC